AUGAACUUGUGCAAUCCUGCCAGAAAUGUUUUCAUCGCUCCCAAGGAUUAUCAGGGGAUAAGGUACAAUUGCGACAAGUGCAAGAGAUCGUACAAGGUUAAAAGGUCCUUGUGGAGGCACAUCAAGUACGAGUGCCAGCAGCUGCCGAGGUUCCAGUGCGAGUGCUGCCUGCAUUGGUUCAAGCACAAGAGCAGCAUGAUGCAACACUACUACACGAAGCACGCCGAAGGUGUGUUCACUUGCGAUUACUGCAAGAAGAGCUACGCGCGCUACCAGUCUUUUUACAUGCACAAGAAGUACGACUGCGAGGUGGCCGAAGGAUUCCGGUGUCCUGCGACCUCCUGCAAUUUCACCUCGAAGAGGAAGCACAACAUGAAGAGGCACUUUCUCACGCACCACAAUGCUUCUUUUGCGAGCGCUGCUCGAAGACCUACGGAUCGAAAAAGAGCCUGUACAUCCAUCAGCGAUACGACUGCGGCAAGGUGGCGAGGUUCUCGUGCCCUUGGUGUCCGUAUCGCAGCACCAGGAAGUCUGUUUUACUGCGAGACCUGCAAUGCCUCGUACGUGCACAAGAACUCUCUGUACGUGCACCGAAAGUACUAUUGCGGGAACCCUUGCGUUUACGCUUGCGGCCACUCCGGAUGCAGGGCAUCCGCAUUUCACCUGCGACAAUUGCGGCAAGACGUACAAGAACCGUACGACUUUGAUCAGGCAUUUGCGGUACGAGUGCGGACAGGAGGCGCGAUUCGUCUGCACGAUUUGCGAUCGAAGAUUCAAGAGGAAGGACAUUUACAGGACGCACGUCAAAAUGUUACAUCCGCUAAACACGCAACAACUAAUCGAAAUUCCUUAUCAAUAAAAGCAAAAACUUUAAUCAAACGAAAUUAUUACUAUGCUCAAAUACCAAAUCGAAGGUUUAGGUUGUGGGUUGUGCGGAAGAGUGUACAAGGCGAUGAAGGCCGUGAAAAGGCACAUCAAGUACGAGUGCGGAAAGCAGCCGCAGUUCAAAUGUCCUCUGUGCCUGACGAACUGCAAGAGGCGCGACACUCUGAAAAAGCACAUGCGACUGAAGCACAAUACCACGUAGCAGCCAGCAGCAACAAGCCUGAAAAACAAAACAAAAUAAACAACGAGAAUUUAUCAUCUGUGAUUUUCGAAAGAAAUGAAAUUAAGUCAUCAGCUUUAUUUAGUUACCAAAACGAGAACUAAAGAAGAAAACACUAUUUUCUACAUUGUAAAUAAUUUAUAAAGAUUCUUUUCAUAAUGUGUAA